AUGCGGGCACUGUCACUCCCAUACAUCCUCCUCGCAAUCGCCCCAGCCACGCUCGGCGCACCGGGCCCAGGACCCCGCUCAGCACAACAGCAGCAGUUCCAUCUGGCCGCUCAGGCCGUAUCCGCCGUGUCGGGCAGCCAAGCCCCCUUGCCCGAUCCCCCAGCGCAGGGCCAUGUCCAGCUGCUCGACAGUGAUGGCAAGCACGAGCGGUACGACGGCCACCAGGUCUGGCGCCUCGACUGGGCUAGGUUGAGUACGCGCGUAAAGGACAACAUUCUCAACGCCGCCGACUCUCUCGGCCUGGACAUUUGGCGCGCAUCGAGCACAACGUUCGACGUCCGCGUUCCGCCCUUAUCGCAAUCCAUCUUGCGCUCGCUCCUCCCUGCCGACCUGGUAUCAACAUACAUCCCAGACGUGCAGGCUCUGCUCGACUCGGCUCCCGUGGCCGACGACCCUCUGCCCGGUGAUGGCGGCGACGACGAUGAUGUCUGGAACGUGACCACCUUGGCGUCCCCGUUCCAUGAUGGCUACCACACCUUGGACCAAGUGUACCAGUUUGGCGAGGCUCUCGUCUCGCACUUUAACAUUGUCACCAGCUACGACAUCGGCACGACUGCCGAAGGGAGGCCGAUCCGCGCUUGGUCGGCCAAGAUCGACGAGGAGGCCACGCCUGGCAUUCCCGAGGAUGGGGGGGAUGCCCACGAUGAGAACGACAAGUUUGAGUUUAUCAUCCAGGCCAACCAGCACGCACGCGAGUGGGUGUCUUCCUCGGCCGCCAUGUACUUUCUCCACUCGCUCGUUCUCGACGCUACCGCCGACUCGACGUCGCACGCCGCCCAGCUCCUCCGCACAUUCACGUUCACGGUCGUUGCCGUGGUCAACCCUGACGGCUUCACCUACUCGCACGAGCACAGCAGGUUGUGGAGGAAGAACAGGCAGGACGUCGGCGGACUCUUAUGCAAAGCUGACUCUCCAGGCAUCGACCUCAACGGCAACUGGGGACACAAGUUUGUGCCGUCCCGUCUAGCCUGCUCCGAGUCGUACUCGGGCCAAACAGCGUUUGAGGCCCACGAGACUCGUGCCAUGGCAGACUACCUCGUCAACGGCUCCAACCCCGAGGCCGGCCGCACCCUCCCCAUCAAGGCGUUUAUCGACCUCCACAGCUACGGCCAGUUAUUCAUGUUCCCGUUCGCGUACUCGUGCGCCGACUUUCCUCCCGACGCCGAAAACCUCAUGGAGGCCGGCCUGGGCGUGGCCAAGGCUAUGAGGAUGACCACACAGGGCGAGGGAUACCAGACUGGCCAGGCCUGUGAUCUGACCUACCGCUCUGCCGGUGACGCCAUCGACUACUCGUACGCCGUCGCCGACGUGCGAUGGUCCUACUCUGCCGAGUUGCGUGACACGGGCACGUACGGCUUCGUCCUCCCACCACACCUCAUUCGCCCCACGGGCGAAGAGGUCAGUGCUGGCCUGAGGUAUCUUGCGACCUUUAUCUUUGACACUGAGAUCGACCUGUGA